AUGUGGUUUUGUAUCAUGAACCAUUAAUUUGUAAACAUGGCGAAACAGUGGUUGUUGAUUCUUAUUUGCUGUAUAGGAUUACAGUACAGUUGUGCCAAAUAUACUCCUGAUUGGGCCUCUUUGGAUACAAGACCGUUACCUAAAUGGUAUGACGAGGCCAAAUUUGGAAUUUUCGUUCAUUGGGGAGUAUUUUCUGUUCCAAGUUUCCAUUCAGAAUGGUUUUGGCCACUAUGGAAGUCAAAGCACCCACCUCAAGAUAUUGCAGACUUCAUGAAAAGAAAUUACCCACCUGAUUUUACCUAUGCUGACUUUGCUAAAGAUUUUACAGCUGAAUUCUUCAAUCCAGACGAAUGGGCAGACAUAUUUAAAGCAUCUGGAGCAGGAUAUGUAGUUCUGACCAGUAAACAUGGUGAAGGAUUUCCUAACUGGCCAUCUUCUCAUUCAUUUAACUGGAAUGCAAAAGCAGUGGGACCAAACAGGGAUCUUGUUGGCGAUCUGGCUGCAGCAAUACGAAACAGAACGGAUAUAAAAUUUGGAACAUACUACUGUCUUUCAGAAUGGCUUAAUCCACUCUAUCUUAAAGAUAAGGCAUCAAACUUCACAACCCAGAACUAUGUUAAGACAAAAACCAUGCCAGACCUGUAUGAACUAGUACGUAAUUAUAAACCCGACAUUGUAUGGGCUGAUAUGGUUGAUGAUAUGGGACCUUCCUCAUACUGGACUGCUAAAGAAUUUCUGGCUUGGUUGUUUAAUGAAAGCCCAGUAAAAUACACUGUUGUUACAAAUGACCGAUGGGGUCCAGAUUGUAAAUGCAAACAUGGUAGCUACAAAACCUGUACAGAUAAAUUCAAUCCAGGUGUUUUACAGAAAUUCAAAUGGGAGAAUUGUAUGACAAUAGACAAAGGAUCAUGGGGAUAUCGCAGAAAUGCUAACCUCGAAGCCUAUCUGACUAUUCAUCAAAUCAUUUCAACAUUUGCAUCCACAAUCAGCUGUGGUGGUAACAUGCUGAUGAAUGUAGGACCAACCAAAUACGGCAAAAUCAUGCCAAUAUUUGAAGAAAGACUCCGUCAGUUUGGCCAAUGGUUGAAGGUUAAUGGAGAAGGGGUUUACAGUACGGUUCCAUGGAGCCACCAGAAUGAUACAGUCACUAAAUAUACAUGGUAUACUAAACGACAUAUGGAGAAUGAAGGAACUGUGGUGUAUGUAUUUCUCCUUUCAUGGCCUGAAGACACAGUUUUCAAAUUAGGAGCACCAAUCACAUCACAACAGACAGAAGUCAGCAUGCUCGGUUACCCAGAUAAAUUUGAUUGGAAAGCUGGCCCCGGUGGUCAAGGAAUUUAUGUCACUAUACCAAUUAUACCAUGGAACAAACUACCAUGUGAAUGGGCAUGGGUACUUAGACUAACGCAUAUAUCAAAUUAGACUUUUAAAAGUAUGUGUAGGCUAUUGAUAUGGAUAUGUGUAAUCGUGUCACAAAUAUCAGACUACCUCAGUUUAUGAAACAAGUCAUUAAAUAUGUCUGAUAAAAAAUAAUUUGAAAGAUACGAGACACAAAUUAACUUAUCAAUAGAAGAGAAGAUUAUACAACAUAUUUUGUUUUCAAACUUUGUAGAGGAACGCAUUUUUUAUAUUACUCUUUCAUUCGGCAGUUUCACAACAAACUUGUACAGAUAAUUAUGUUGUAGAAACAUGUUUGUGUUUGCCAUUCAGUUUGAGUUCAUUGUCCUGAUAACAUUGAUUUUCAUACAUUCCUUUGCAUGGAUUCUUCAAUAUUUAAAGCAAACUCUUUGAUCACUGAAUAAGAAUCUAAUAUAAAUAAAUCUGAAAAAAAUUAAAGAAAAAGACAGUUUAUUAUUAUGUUUGAUUAAAGCUAAGCAUGCAUUUGAGUUUCAGUUUAUAUAUAUAUUCAUGUGUCUAUCUAUAACCGUCCAUGCAUAUUUUAUCACUUGUAUAUGUGCUUAAUGAAUGUUUGUCAGUA